CCUGUAGGACGCUUGAGUCGAUGCUCAUCACUGGACACUUUGAGAGUUUUUGUCAGACCACACGGAAUGUUCUCAUGCAGCCUAUGGCCUUUAUCGUUCAGACCGAAGGCUACUGAGUCUAAAAGUUUCGCGCAUUUGGUUCGUCCGGAAGAGCCGAGCUUGUUCGUGACAAGCUGUCUCACGGCGUCCGCUUAUGUCCGUCAGCCUUUGUCACAGUUGCUCACUGUUCGAGAAGCAAGACAAAAUUUUGGACGUCGUGUAGCAAAUCUGGGAAUGAGGAGUGGGAACUGCGGGAAGAUCUUGAUAAGCGGCACAUCAAAACAUCACGCCGCUGACCAAGGUUUUGUAUCAUUUUCUCGUGCAGUUCAUCAAUGUGACAUUGCAACAAUGUCAUUGACAUGUGCAAGGAUCAAUUGAAGCGAUGGCAUUGAGGUUGGCAAGUUGUAUUUUUGGGCCAUCUGACCUUGGCUGCCUGAUUUGCACUUUCUCGUGUUUCAGAGCACAGAAGUUCUACUGACAAAUGUCGGCCACAUUCGAGAGAACAUGAUUCGCGGCGCCGAUUGAUGACUCUGCCUGCCGCCAGCGGAUCUGUGAGAUUUCCGUCAGAAGCGGUAACCCAGCUUGUCCGAAGGCGCAAGUGCAGGUGACAGGACCCACCCAAACAAUGAC